CUCGACGGGAAGUGUAGUGGUUCUCCCAGCUAUAUAAAGUAGGCGAAAACCUACAUGCGGUCUCUUUACUGUUCAAGCCUGAGGAAGACAGGCGUAAGUGACCCACCAUGCCCGUUGCCAGGAGUUGGGUGUGUCGCAAGACAUACGUUACCCCCCGUCGUCCCUUCGAGAAGUCCCGUCUCGACCAGGAGUUGAAACUCAUUGGCGAGUAUGGUCUGAGGAACAAGAGGGAAGUGUGGAGGGUCAAGUUCACUCUGGCCAAGAUCCGCAAAGCUGCCAGAGAGCUGCUCACCCUGGACGAGAAGGACCAGAAGCGUCUCUUUGAAGGUAAUGCCCUGCUCAGGCGUCUGGUGAGGAUCGGUGUGCUGGAUGAGGGCAAGAUGAAGCUCGAUUACAUCCUGGGCCUGAAGGUGGAGGACUUCCUGGAGAGGAGACUGCAGACCCAGGUCUUCAAGCUGGGCCUGGCCAAGAGCAUCCACCACGCCCGUGUGCUCAUCCGCCAGAGGCACAUCCGUGUGCGCAAGCAGGUUGUGAACAUCCCAUCCUUCGUGGUGAGGCUGGACAGCCAGAAGCACAUCGACUUCUCCCUGCGCUCUCCAUACGGCGGUGGCCGCCCCGGCCGCGUAAAGAGGAAGAACGCCAAGAAGGGCCAGGGUGGCUCUGGAGGAGCUGACGAUGAGGAGGAGGACUAAGAUGGAUGCCCAGUGGGGGGAGGGGAGACUCUGAGAACUGAAUUGAGCAACAUCUUUUAAUUCAACCCCCCGGUUUUCAAUAAAAAAAAAUGGUUGGAAGAAAUUCAA